AGAGCAGUUGUAAACUUUAUUUCCGCUGUGUGCUGCGCGCCCGGGGAGCUGUCAAACACGGGCUACUCUGUCAUUCAGGAAGUCCACACACCGUCUGACAGCACUUACCAAAGUCACACCGGCCUCGCACUACGGCUAAAUGAUCACCAAGUGCGCGUGGUUUACAACAAGGAGUUUUUAUCCACAAGGAACAGUGCUAUUCAAGUCAGGAUGAGAGUAUUCAGGAGAGCGGUCCUGGACUAGACUGGGGCUCAAGAGUCACUCAGCCGACGUUACCAACAGGUCUAUCUGGCCAAUGCCGAGGCCGACAUGGAGAGCUGUUGGCGGUAGCAGCUGCAGCAGUCGCGUGUGUGUGAGCGCCCGGCCCAUGCCCCGCCCAUAAUGCCGUCCUCCACCAGGAAAAUACCGCCGAAGGACCCCGAGCUGGCUGAGCUGUUCUUCAAAGAUGAUCCCGAGGACGUCUUCUGCGACUUGCACGAGAUCGGCCAUGGCAGCUUCGGGGCGGUGUAUUUUGCCCGUAACUCGUACUCCAAUGAGGUGGUGGCCAUCAAGAAGAUGUCCUAUAAUGGCAAGCAGACAACCGAAAAGUGGCAGGACAUCAUUAAGGAGGUCAAGUUUUUGGGACAGCUGCGACACCCAAACACCAUCGAGUACAAAGGCUGCUACUUAAAAGACAACACUGCCUGGCUGGUGAUGGAGUAUUGUUUGGGCUCUGCAUCAGACUUAUUAGAAGUUCACAAGAAACCACUGCAAGAGGUGGAAAUUGCUGCCAUUACACACGGUGCCUUGCUUGGACUGGCUUAUCUACAUUCCCAUAACAUGAUUCACAGAGACAUUAAAGCCGGGAACAUCCUGCUAACUGAGCUGGGUCAGGUCAAAUUGGCUGACUUUGGCUCCGCCUCCAUUGCCUCACCUGCCAACUCCUUUGUGGGAACACCUUACUGGAUGGCCCCAGAAGUAAUCCUAGCCAUGGAUGAGGGACAGUAUGAAGGGAAGGUUGAUAUCUGGUCUCUGGGGAUCACUUGUAUUGAGUUGGCGGAGAGGAAGCCACCCUUGUUCAACAUGAAUGCCAUGAGUGCCUUAUAUCACAUUGCGCAGAAUGACUCUCCAACUCUGCAGUCCAAUGAGUGGUCUGACCAUUUCCGAAGCUUUGUGGACUACUGCCUACUGAAAAUUCCUCAGGACAGACCCUCAUCGGGGGAGCUGCUACGACAUGAUUUUGUGCGUCGAGAACGACCGCCGCGGAUUCUCUUGGACCUCAUCCAGAGGACCAAGGAUGCAGUGCGGGAGCUGGACAAUCUUCAGUAUCGAAAGAUGAAGAAGAUCCUCUACCAAGAAAAACACAACGGACCAAUGGGGGAAAGCCAGGAGGAGGAGGAGGACAGUGAGGCAGCUAGCUGUAAGAUGAACAGCCUGGGCAGUAACCACUCCAUCCCCAGCACCUCUGUGAGCACAGGCAGCCAGAGCAGCAGCGUCAACAGCAUGCAGGAGGUACUGGACGACACCUGCUCCGAAAUGACCCUGAUGCACCCCCAGGACUACAAUCUGGACUCCUCCCCCCACCACAAGAAGGACCAUCAGUACUGGGAUGAUGGGAUUCACAGGGACCACAGACCGGAGUUAAGGCCCGUUUCCUCGGACAAGAGCAGCCAGGCCCAAAACUACAAGAACCAGGGACGCUUCGCAACCAUCAAGUCUGCUUCACUGGUGACCAAGCAGAUCCACGAGCAUGAGCAGGAGAACGAGCUUCGGGAGCAGAUGUCCGGUUAUAAGAGAAUGCGUCGGCAGCACCAGAAGCAGCUGAUCGCGCUGGAGAACAAACUCAAGGCGGAGAUGGACGAGCACCGCCUCAAACUGCAGAAGGAGGUGGAGACUCAGGCCAACAACGCCUACAUCGAACUGGAGAAGCUGGCCAAGAAACACGUCGUGCAUUAUGAGAAGGAGGUAAAGACAACAGUAGCAGAUGAGAAGAAGUUCCAGCAGCAGAUCAUCACUCAGCAGAAGAAAGAGCUGGCCACUUUUCUGGAUAAUCAGAAGAAACAUUAUAAACUCUGCAAGGAGAAGAUCAAAGAGGAGAUGAACGAGGAUCAUAGCACACCCAAAAAGGAGAAGCAGGAGCGAAUGUCCAAGCACAAGGAAAAUCUGCAGCAUUCCCAGGCCGAGGAGGAGGCCCACCUUUUGGCCCAGCAGAGGGUCUUCUACGAAAGGAACUGCAGGGCGUUUAAGAGGAAAGUCAUGAUCAAGAGACACGAGUCCGAGCAGGAGCAGAUCAGAGAGGAACUGAACAAGAAGAAGACUCAGAAGGAGAUGGAGCACGCCAUGUUGAUCCGUCACGACGAGUCCACCCAGGAGCUGGAGCAGAGGCAGCUUCGGACGCUCCAGAAGCUUCGUAUGGAUCUGAUCCGACUGCAGCACCAGACCGAGCUCGAGAACCAGAUCGAGUACAACAAUCGCAGAGAGAGAGAGCUGCACCGCAAACAUGUGCUGGAGCUACGGCAGCAGCCCAAAAAUCUCAAAGUCUUGGAGCUGCAGAUUAAGAAGCAGUUCCAGGACACAUGUAAAGUGCAGACAAAGCAGUACAAGGCUCUGAGGCACCACCAGAUGGAGGUGACACCCAAGUCCGAGCACAAGACCGUCCUGAAGGCCCUGAAGGACGAGCAGACGCGCAAACUGGCCAUACUCGCCGAGCAGUAUGAACAGAGCAUCAACGAGAUGAUGGCCUCCCAGGCGCUGCGUCUGGAUGAGGCCCAGGAAGCGGAGUGCCAGGCUCUGAGGCAGCAGCUGCAGCAGGAGAUGGAGCUGCUCAACGCCUACCAGAGCAAGAUCAAGAUGCAGACCGAAGCCCAGCACGAGCGCGAGCAGCACAAGCACGAGCAGAAGGUGUCACUGCGGAGGGCUCACCUGGAACAAAAGAUUGAAGAGGAGCUGGUUUCCCUUCAGAAGGAGCGGACCGAUCGGAUCAAACACUUGUUGGAGCGUGAGGAGCGUGAGACUGACAGCUUCGACAUGGAGAGCAUGCGGCUGGGCUUUGGAAACCUGGGGGCUCUGGACUUUCCUAAGGAUGAGUACAGAUGAGGGCUGACCUCCUCACGGCUCCUCCUCCUUUGACCUGAAGCACGGACAUGAUCUGUGCGGCCGACGUCCUCCUCAAACACAGACACUGGUGUUUCUGCGUCUGGGUCCAGGGUCCUGUGCACCCACCCAAGCCCCUCUCCAUCCUUACCUCUAAUAAUGCUGGAGAUCUUCCUAUAGUUGUCAUGUUUUGUACAAUGAUGACAUAGUCAGUGUUUCAUGUUUCUCGUGCAAUGAGCACACAUUAGUGUAACUAAAAAGGCGCAGGAUUAGAGGAGGGACAGUCCAAGGCUGCACACACUCUCCAGUGCAUUUAGGAGAGUUUCACUCUGUUUAAGCAAAGCAAAAAACUAUCUCAAAAUGAUAACUCACAGCUGAUUCUGUGGCUGUCAGUGCUGCUCCUUUGACACUUGGUAUUUUUCAGGUUCAACAAAGAUUUCAGUUUUUGGACAAAUUUCACAAUGCACUGUACAUAUAGGUACGCUUCCAAUAAAUGUGACUUCAAUACUGGGUGAUGAUAAAUUGUGAUCGUGUGCAUAGUACUGAUUUCUCUGCACUGGCAGCCAAUGUGAAUACAAGUACAGUUUAUGUGACAUGAGAACUCCAGCAGCACAAAGGGCUUCAAGACGGUCGAAAGGUUUUGUUGAUAGAAGGAUUUAUGAAGAGCAUUUACUUAUUUUCAUAUUUCUAUUUUAAAUGUCACAAAUCAAAAGAAUAAUUUUAAGCGCUUUUCUUUUUCCUCCCCCCGUCACAGUAUUUCCAAUCUACUGAUCAGCUUUUUAUUUGCUUCAGAAAUAAUGCCCCAGCAGUAAUUUGUUACAAACCAGAACAGUAUAAUGCUUUAUCAUCGCAUGCACUUUAAUUUCUCCAGGUUUAAAGAAAGCAUGAAUCUGUCAGAGCUUUUAAUUAUAUUUGUAAAUAAAGUGCUUAUCACACAA